CCUAUCCCACCUGAACCCUAAGUCCUCAGCUCCUUCUUGUCCUCUUCUUCCCUAACUCCGACUUCUAUUCCGGGGCAGCUCAGACACAGCAGGGCAUUGGGAAUUAGGGGCCCCCACCGGCUGCCCCAUACCACCCAGAGUGCUACUCCUCAGGGGAGAAGCAGGGCAGGCGAAUGAGAACAUAGUGUCCUCUUGAGGUGGCUGGAUUGGGCCCCAAAGCCUCCCUUUCUUCCUCCUGUCUGCUCCAGGGGAUACCCAUCUGAGCAGUAUCUGUGAACAGCAGAGGAAAGAAGAGCUCACCCAGCUGGGCUCCUGAGCCAGGGCCAGGGCUCCGGUGAAACUCGCGCGCUCUGGCUCUGAGCGGGGCCAUCCUGCAUGCCUAAUUGGCUAUUUAAGGAGCUGCCCGCCAGCAAUCCAAGGCACCCCCCCACACACACAUACAUCAGUCCAGAGCCACCUUAAAAGCGAGAGGCAAUUGUGAAGCCGCUGGCCAGCAAGUGGAGUGGAGACUUCAGAAAGAGAUAGAGGGCAGGGAGAGGCAGCAAGUGAUUUUUCCUGGGACACAGAAAGUCACGGUACCCCAAUGAAAAUCAAAUUCCCUGGAAAUUCACAGACAGAGACAGCAAGAGAAAAAGAGAUAAAUAUACUCAUCGCCAGAAACUCUUCUUUCCCGCCUCUCCCUCUUUCUGUCUGUCCUAGUCCUCUAGUCCCCAAAUUCCUGGUUCCCUGUGCCCCUUCCUUGGGAUACCAUGUUGUUCUUCGCCCUCCUGCUAGAGGUGAUUUGGAUCCUGGCUGCAGAUGGGGGUCACCAUUGGACAUACAAAGCUUUCUUGUCAUCAAAGUACAGGCCCACAUGGUCAGGACCAUUGGCCAGCCUCUUACCCUGAGUGUGGAAGCAAUGCCCAGUCCCCCAUCGAUAUCCAGACAGACAGUGUGACAUUUGACUCCGAGUUGCCUGCUCUGCAGCCCCACGGAUAUGACCAGCCUGGUACUGAGCCUUUGGACUUGCACAACAACGGCCACACAGUGCAACUCUCUCUGCCCCCAACCCUGUAUCUGGGUGGACUGCCCCGAAAAUAUGUAGCUGCCCAGCUGCACCUGCACUGGGGUCAAAAAGGAUCCCCAGGGGGGUCAGAGCACCAGAUCAACAGUGAAGCCACAGUUGCAGAGCUCCACAUGGUACAUUAUGACUCUGAUUCCUAUGGCAGCUUAAGUGAGGCUGCCCAGAGGCCUCAGGGGCUGGCUGUACUAGGCAUCCUAAUUGAGGUGGGUGAGACUGAGAAUCCAGCUUAUGAACACAUUCUGAGUCAUUUGGAUGAAAUAAGACAUAAAGAUCAGAAGACUUUAGUACCUCCCUUCAAUGUGCAAGAGCUGCUCCCCCCACAGCUGGAACAAUUCUUUCGUUACAAUGGCUCACUCACAACUCCUCCCUGCUAUCAAAGUGUGCUCUGGACAGUCUUCAAUAGAAGAGCCCAGAUUUCGAUGGGACAGUUGGAAAAGCUUCAGGAGACAUUGUUCUCCACAGAAGAGGAGCCCUCUGAGCCCCUCAUACAGAACUAUAGAGCCCCCCAGCCUCUCAACCAGCGGACUGUCUUUGCUUCAUUCACUCAAGUGGGAUCCUUGUAUACCACAGGUGAAAUGCUGAGUUUAGGUGUGGGAAUCUUGAUUGGUUGUCUCUGCCUUCUGCUAGUUGUUUACUUCAUCGUUAGAAAGAUUCGGAAGAAGAGGCUGGGAAACCGUAAGAGUGUGGUCUUCACCUCAGCACGAGCCACCACGGAGGCAUAAACUCCCUCUUAGACCUCAUGAAUGCCUUCCCUUUGUGUCUGUCAGAGAACCUCUAAAGUGGGGUACAGGGGUUGAACAAAAAAAUACUACUAGGAGUUGUAGGCAGACACCCCGCAUUUCCUGGACAUCUCUCACACAGAGGUAAGGACGCAGAUUCUCAUUCAAGGAAGAACAGCAGAGCCUUCGGCCUCUCAAAACAUGUAGGAGAUCAGGAGAUCCCUGUGUAUUAACACAGAGGGCAAACUAUGUUUAGUUGUAGGUAAAGUUGAAGAUGUCCCCCCAAACCCCUCACCCUUCACCUUUAUGUCCCUUCCCCUAGAUGUAUUAUGGAAUCUCCCCCAAGGAAAAAGGGCUUUUGCUGGGGUUAUUAUAUUUUUUUUGCUCAAUAUAAUUGGAAAUUAAAGCUUCUGACCUUAA